AUGCCAUCAUCUCCUACUACCAAGCCGGCGCAGAAUAGCUCCGACGAAGCUAGAGCACAUCUCGCCGCCCCUCAAAAUCGCCGUGACAAUCCCCAGCGAGACCACAACGACUCUGACGUCAUCCACCAUGUUUACUUCGAAGACAACGAGAGUUUCUUCCCACCAAGUUGGCUAGGUCAGGCAGUUGACCAGCCAGAGCGGAGGGUCUCUGCGGAUAGUGCUGCAAGUCAUGGCUCGCUGGCGGUGGAUCCUAGGGAUGAGGAUCGACCGUACGGCCCUGCGGAGAAGGAACAUCUUGAUUGA